CCUCUUGGGAACUCCAGGUCGUCUCAAUGACAUGCUCAAAGACAUUCAAGAUCGGGUGGCCGUUGAAGGGGACAAAACUGCCACAGGCAGCAUCUCGGAAAAGAAGCCGGAAGAUGCGACAAAAUCAACUAGUUCUCCCUGCACUACAGUUCCUCCGAAAAUGUCAAGAAGUAAGAAGAGAAAAGCUGCAGCAUCCGCUGCCGCUACCGCAGAGGAAACCGAUACAGCUAGUACAAAAAAAGAUGCUGAUGAUGAUUCCGCAGCCUCUCCAGAGGAUGAGCAAGCCCAUGCUGAAAAAGUGGACUUACGCAAAGAUCUAUUGAGUCAACUGGAGGUGACUGUCGUUGAUGAAGGUGAUCGCAUGUUAGACCUGGGUUUCGAGCCGCAAUUGAGAAAAAUCUUUGAAGCCCGAAAAGCUGCUGCGAGCACUGGUUUUGUCGUACACAGUAGUUGGUUCUUCUCGGCUUCUUGGCCAGCAAGUGCCGAUACGCUUGCGCGUAGUAUCAUCGCACAACAGCAGUCACGAGGAGAUGAAGUAGCAGGUGCCAUUCUCACGACAACUGCAUUCGUUCAAGUAGGUCGAGACCAGGAGGCUUCUUCAGCUCAACCGAUGGAAGCCUGCAAAGAAGACGGUGAAGAUGGAACUCAGGGAGCCGAUGCACAGGCGCCAAAAACUCCAACUUCUUCAGAACAAGCUGCUCAGCAAGCAGACGAAGCGACACCUUCUUCACCAACAUCAGCGGCCGCAGUUCCGCAAGAAUUCUGCGUCUUCGAGGCAGAUAAGAAUGGAUUUACGAAAAGUGAAGAGAAAGUUGCGAGACUCGUUGAGAUUUUGAAGCAAUACAAGCAUGAACGAGUACUCGUUUUCUGCAACAUGAAAAAGACCGUCACCUGGCUUCAUGGGAAAUUGCUCGAGCACGCUACCGAGUUUUCCCCUGAAGAAGAGCAGGGUGAGGAAAACAAGAAGACAGAAGGUGAAAGUGAAGUCAAGGAGGACGUUAGUACAACCACAGGUUCACCUAGCAGCACGACCACUCGGAAACGGAAACCUUUUGAAAAACAAGCUUGGAAAUACAACCUGCGAAUGAUCCAUUCGGAUCUAGGCCAAGAGAAGCGAUGCGACACGUAUUUGAAGUUCAAGACGAACAAAUUCCGUGUCCUGGUAGGAACUGACGUCGUCAGCCGGGGCCUAAACAUUGUUGGGUUGAACAUUGUCGUCAAUUUCGAUGCAGCAGAGAACGGCGAAGAGCACUUACAUCGUAUCGGCCGCUGCGGUCGUGGGGGCGACGCUUCAAGCGCUUUAAGCGUUACCUUUCUCGGCAGCAAAGAUUUCAGACAAGCCGCGGAAAUUAUCAAAUGGUGCUACACUCCUAGUGAGAACGACAGCACUUCUACUUCUACUAUAUUCUGCUCCGCGACUGUGGAAUGCCCCACAGCUUUGAAGGAGCUGGCAGAUCAAUACGGGAAGGGUAAGACAAAAGCCCCCAGAGAGAAGAAAGCGGCAAUUGGCGACGAUGCGAAGAGAUCGACGAGGAGAGGUAAACAGCAACAAAAAGGUAAAGGUAAAGAGGCGAAGAAACGCUUACGUCACGAAAGCAGCAGCGCUAAUACGAACGCAACAAAGCAAGCGCAGGCUGAGAAUCAAGAAAUUGAAGAUCAUGGCCAGAAAGAUGUGAAGAAGAGAAAAGUUGCAGGUACAAGAGCAAAUGUUUCAGCACCUGCAUCUGAAGUAGAGAAAUCUGCUUCCUCUGUUCCCCUAGCAGAACAAAGCACGAUGCCUACUACUGCUCAUGAUCAUGAACACGGAAACGAUGGCGCUGGCUUAUCCUGUUCUGCUGCCAGGCGGGCCAGACGGAAGCAGAACAAGAUGAAAAGAGAGCAAAGUGCUGCAUGACUGCAAUUCCAUCACCGCGAACUACUUUGCGAGGACCUAACAACCACAAAGCUCUUAUCAUCAAAUUUUUUCUCACCCAUCAUGCACAUGCGUUGAUUCUGCAUGACCCACUUAGAUCGUUGUUAUGUUGUUGAUGCCUCCAUGUCCAUUACAAUUCUUCUUUCUGCAAAUUUGAAUCUGAAUCAGCAUAUCAUGACAAAGACAGCGUGACUGCGUCCUCCUA